CACCAGAACCCGUCUGUUAUCUUACAGCCUUUAUGGAAUUACAUGGUGAAGUCUAAUUAUUCAACCACACGUGGUUUCACGUUUGUUCUGAACUUGACAAUUUGUGUCGAGAAUUCUAGUGAUUUUCUAUUAUUCUUGCAGGGAAACACAGAGCAUGCUUUAGAUGAGACAGAAAUGUGACUCAAUCUAAACAGCAGCUUGGGUUUAGAAGAUUAAAACAGGAUUGUGAACAAUUGAGCGGAGACAUUAAUCUCAUUGUGGAGGAGAGAGGCUCCUAUGACUGCUCUAUAGAUGAUGGUCACCGAGUGGAUUGCUAGUCUAGACAAAAGACCAUGUGACCGUACAGGAGAAGAACUUGACUUGAUUUAUUCCCACUUGAAAAAUUUGAAGGCUUUUGAGAAAUUCCAUCCAAGUCUGCUCCAGCAGAUCUGCGUGUAUGGUUACUAUGAGGACUUGGAUAAAGGUGUUACAUUGUUUCGCCAAGGAGAUAUUGGUACCAACUGGUAUAUUGUAAUCUCUGGUAGCCUAGAGGUCCUUGUGUCAGAAACUGGAGACCACAAGGAUGCAGUUAUCGUCAGUAAUCUUGUACCGGGCAUCUGCUUUGGGGAGUCCAUCUUGACCAACAAACCCAGAUAUGGUACAGUGACCACUCGAGAAUUUACCGAGCUCAUCAGAGUGGAACAAAAGGACUUCAAAAUCCUGUGGGAGGGGAGUAAGAAAUUGCUAGAAGGAGUUAUCACCCCUUUGGAGAGGCUGUCGGUGACAGCCAACCCAUUGCCACAUUCUCCUGCUUUAACCAGACCUGGGAGACGGAAGUCAUCUUCAGCAGCUAAAUAUAACGGCCAACCGAACCCAGCAGCACCUAUCACUAGUAUUCCCUCAGAAAAGUUAAAAAGAGCUGGUCAAGUGUUGCGGACAGUUCUUUUAACUCGUGCUCCACACAUGGUGCGGGACAGGAAGUACCAUUUGCGGACAUACAGAAAAUGCAUGGUGGGAACUGAAAUGGUGGAAUGGUUGCUACAGCAGAGCCCACUCGUUCAUUCGAGGAAUCAGGCUGUGGGCAUCUGGCAGUCGCUGUGUGAGGAGGGUAUUAUCGUACACGUGUGUAGAGAGCAUCAGUUCAAGGACAAGUACCUGUUUUACCGUUUUUGUGAGGACGACCAGGGGGUGGGAACCAUACCAAACCAGAUCCAAAAGAAGGAAUGUGAGGAAGAACUGCAGGACACUCUGAUUACUCUGGCUCAGAUCGGACCGGAUGCCAUGAUGAGAAUGAUCCUCAGAAAAUUGCCACAAGACAGGACCUUGGAUGACCUUGAGAUAAUCUACGAGGAAUUGCUUCACAUCAAGGCUCUUUCUCAUCUCUCCACGAGUGUCAAGCGGGAGUUAGCCAGUGUUCUCGUGUUCGAAUCCCACGCCAAGGCAGGCACAGUGUUGUUUAACCAGGGUGAUGAAGGGAAAUCUUGGUACAUUAUCCUGAAAGGUUCAGUCAAUGUCGUCAUUUACGGCAAGGGAGCAGUUUGCACUCUUCACGAAGGAGAUGAUUUUGGGAAGCUGGCUUUGCUUAAUGAUGCUCCAAGGGCAGCCACCAUUGUUUUACGGGAAGACAAUUGCCAUUUCCUCAGAGUUGACAAAGAGGAUUUUAACAGGAUAUUGAGGGAUGUUGAGGCAAACACUGUGAGAUUAAAGGAACAUGGUCAAGAUGUCUUGGUCCUGGAAAAGAUUCCCACAAAAUCACAAGCAGCAGACGGAACUAUGCAAUCCAACUACAAGUAUUCGGUCAUGGCCGGCACUCCAGAGAAGAUGUUGGAGCACCUGCUGGAGACGAGACUAGACAACACCAAAUCCGAGGAGACCACAGACAGUUUUCUGGAAGACUUCCUGCUAACACAUGUGAUAUUUAUGCCAACAGAAAAGCUUUGUCCAGCCUUGCUUUCAUAUUAUGACGCCAAGUCUCUAAAGACAGAAGAACAGGAUGCUGGAGAUUAUGGAGUGACACAAAAAAGGAGUGUUAUACAGUUUGUACAGGAAUGGAACAACCUGGCACAGGACAUCUUCAACGAAGAUGAACAAACCCAAACGUUCUUACAGGAACUACACAGUUACGUGGAUGAAGAUUGUGCUUCAUUUCCCUCCCUUGCUUCAGAACUUGCAGUAUUAGAGAGCAUGAUGUCAUGUGUGAAGGGCUUUCAGUAUAUAGAAAAACCUGAGGUUGGGAAAAGAAGAAUUUCUCCCAGUGUAAUGUUAACAAAGAAAAUGGCCAAUGAAUUGUACAUAGACAGUAUUAAUAAAAAGCAGCCCAUUAAAGCUACAGACGAGAAUAUAGUGAAGAUAUAUUGUGCUGAUCACACUUACAGCACCCUACGUCUACCAAUGAACUCGUCCGUACACACACUUAUUGAGUAUGCUCGGGAAAAACUCGGGCUGGGCUCGGAGGAACUGGUGCUGUGUGAAAUUAAGUCGUCUGGAGAUAGGGUUUUGUAUAAGGAUGAAGACCUCUGUGUUACCACAGGACUCAGCUUAAAUGGCCUCCUGUUCAUCUCCCCCAGAAAACAUUUAGAUGCCUUAACUCCUCACCCAGAACAGGAAGGACCAGCCAUAGGAACAUCCAAUACUUUAGAAAUCCUCAGCACAAAAGAAAUUGCUUAUCAUAUGACAUUGCACGACUGGCAGCUGUUUAUAUGUGUACAAGAAUAUGAGUUAAUAUAUCAAGUAUUAGGAAGAUCCAAUUUCAACAAAAUAACCGCAAACUUGGAUUUGUUUCUACGGAGAUUUAAUGAAGUGCAAUACUGGGUUGUCACGGAAAUGGUUCUGGCUCAAAAUGUGGGGAAAAGAGUCCAGCUUCUACGCAAAUUUAUCAAAGUCGCAGCACACUGUAAAGAAUUCCAGAACUUGCAUUCAUUCUUUGCCAUAGUAAUGGGACUCAGUAACAUUGCUGUCAGCAGGCUGUCUCAGACAUGGGAGAAACUGCCAGGGAAGUUUAAGAAGAUGUUUGCAGACUUUGAGACAUUGAUGGAUCCUUCGCGGAAUCAUCGAGUAUAUCGACUGUCUGUCUCCAAGUUCACCCCACCUAUCAUUCCAUUUAUGCCACUUCUAAUGAAAGACUUGACGUUUACUCAUGAUGGUAACAAGACGUACUUCGAUGGACUUGUCAACUUUGAGAAAAUGCACAUGAUAGCUCAAACCAUGAGGAAUGUACGCAUUUGUCGGAGUCGCAGACUAGAUUUAGAACCCCCAACAACUGUCAAAUCUUCAACAGAGGUUCAAAACUACAUUAGAAAUUUACAAGUAAUAGACAAUCAACGAGUUCUGACUCAACUUUCUUAUAAACUGGAGCCAAGACGCACCUAGGAAAAUGCUCACAACAAUGAAAUCUGAAGUGCAAUUCUAUUUAUACUCAAGAACAGCAACUCAGAAAAUGAUGUCCAUUUAUGAAGCGUUAUUCAAGAUUAAUUUUUUAAGGUUUUUACCCGGUUUCUCGUGUUGUGUAAGUUAGAGUGCUACAAAAAAUGUAAAUACAGGAUAUUUUUAAUAUCAGAUGUGUGUUUUGUUUGCAAAAAUGUCUUGACAAUCAAAUAAAUUUGAUAUAUUUUCUAAUAAUUGUUGCAAAAUCAAACAAUUGGUUGGAAAAUGAAAUGCACUGUGUUUUGAAUAGAGUGAAAUGUGUUUUUCUUAUAUAAAUUUGUAAUAAAAACAAACUUCAUUUUAUUAGUGAUGUGUAAAAGUUUCAAAAACUCUCACAUGUGUGCACUCAUACAUACACACGUUACACUGUUGUUAUCAGUUAGAAUUCAAGCAUUAUUCAGAGAAAAUACAAUGUGUAGAUUAUGGGUAAAUAAUGUAAAUUUAUGUUACGUAGCAUUCACACUUUCUAUUAGAACAUCCAAAAAGGGCAAAUGUUAUCGAAGUUCAUCUGAAAACCAAAACCGUUGUGUCAAACAAAGAGAAAUCUAUUGUAAUUUUUUUCAGUAUUUACGAUGGAUUUGUUAUAAUUAUUUUGUGUUCAGUAGUAAUAAUUAGACACUAUGAAAUCCACAUCUCUGUACAUGCACAUUCACUGAAAAAGUGAUACGUGGAGGGAUCAUAAUUUGACUUCCUGUGACGUUCAGUGACAUCAUCAUUAUUUAUAUCAUACAUAUCUUUUAAAGGUAAAACAUUUGUUGAAAAGAAAACAGAAAAUUUAGUAUAAUGAGUGAUUUUGUGAUGCAAAAUUUAGAAUUACAAGAUAUGGCUCGAAAAGGAUUUUGUUUUUGUUCCCUAAGAAUUCCAAGUUUCAAAUAUUGCAUAUGAAACGGACAAGGUAGGAUACAUAUUAGCGCCCCCCCCCCCCUUCCCCUUUAUAUUUAUUUCCUGGGAGAGGGUUAACAUUAAAGAAAAACAAAAUUUUUAUUGGUCAAAGCAACUACCAUUUAUCAGAUUAAUUUAGCAUUGGGAAUAUUUUGCUGAUUUUUCUCAAAAAAGUAGUAGAAAUCUGGAUUAUUUUUUGGUGUGGUUUUUAUUUAAACAUGUGUGACAUUUAUAGGAGUAGAAAUCUUAGCACUUUUACUUUUAAAUUUUCCUCAUCAUGAAAACAGCUAUAUUUCCAGCGUGCCAAAAUUACAUGUUAAACAGAAUAUGGUUGCCAAGCAAUGCGAAGAAAGCAGCAAAUGUAAUUCUAUUGAAAUUUCAUAUCGGGGUUGCGUUCAAGAUCGUAGCGGCUAGGUAUGGUGGCUGAUUUGUGCCAUUCUACAAUUUAUCAUCUAUUAUUAUGUAGAAGCUAAAAGGCAACUAAUGUAAAAGUGGUUAUUUACGCGUGGGAGAAAUUUACACUAAUUACAUGAUCACACAAUAAGCGCGUAAAUUUCCUCCAUUGCGUUUAGUUAUAAAUAUUUGAUAUAUUGUAUUCAGUUAUUGUGUAUUUUUCCCAGAUGCGUAAUGUUGGACAUGGAAAAAUGUGUACUCAACCCAUAGCGUAAAUAACCAUAUUUACAGCAACUUUUAUCCCAAAAUAAUGAAAAUAAACCAAAAUGAUAAAAUUAACUACUAACCGCCAUGGUGGCCGAGAGGUUAGAGCGUUCGCCCCGCAUGCGGAAGGUCGGGGUUUGAAUCCCGGCCACGACAGACCUAAGUCGUUAAAACUGGUAGUGACAGUUUCAUCGUCAAAUGCUCGGCAUCAGGUGUGAAUGUCACGGGUCCUCAGAGAUGACCUUACAAACGGAUGUCACAGUAGAUGCGGCACUCUAAAGAACCCUCCCUGCUCAAUGGCCGUAAACACUGAGCAUAGGCCUAAUUUUGAAGCCCUUCACCGGUCUUGGUGACGUCUCCAUAUGAGUGAAAAAUUGUCAAGCGAGACAUUAAGCAAGAUACAAUCAAAAUAACGGGGGGGGGGGGGGGGGGGGGGGGCAUAGUAAAAUGGCACAAAUCAGCCACCAUGCAUACUUAGCCCAUAGGCUAGCUGCAAUGAAAAUUAAAUCGGCCUCAAUUCAUCAAACCAAUGAAUAGGAAUUAACGAUUAAUAGGUGGGACCUUCUUAUAUUUUAAGCAGUAAACAUGCCACCCUAGGAGUUGCUUAUCUCUGUUAAAUCGUUAUCUUGUUUGAUUUUAGAUACUGACACCAAUAGAGCCCAUCCUGGUAUUAUAUAUGAUACAGGGCAUUUUAUGGCACCUACGUUGUGUGAUAAGUUCAUGAUGAGGGUUUACAUAUUGGCACUGGAUUUGAAUUCCCACAAAAUACACCCAAUCAGUAUAUGGAAUUUUUAGUGUUUUCAUCAAUGCCCAAUUUUGUGAAAAGGGAUGAUUUUUUUUUUUUUUUUAAGUUGUCCUAUCUUGUUCUUUUGGUAGACUUUUUACAUGAAUUUUCACCGUUUUAAGGAGUUGAAUUAUAUCGUUGAUGAUUCUUUGAGGAACCCUGUUCUUGGAUGUUCCACAUUUCUGUCAUUUGAAUGCAUCAGCACUGUCAAUGUUUUAAGGCCACUGCCAAACCUCAGUCUUCAAAGUGCCUCUAGUAAUCUUUAAAAAUGGAUAUAUAUUUUGAAAGCACAGUGACCUCUGAAAAUGGAUGUAUAUUUUGAAAACAAAGGUCGCUUAAAAUUCUUUGCUGCCAUUUUGUAUUGACAUAAAUGUUUCAUGUCUGGAAUUUGCUUGAUUUCAAAUGCAUCAUUAGAAAUUACUUUCUCAAAAGUCUUCAGUGUGCUAUUCAGAUUAUUUAGACUGUCGUUAGAAAUCCUAUCGGUUGCUUCAUUUUUUCCCCUUCAUUAUUGUUGUAAACUGAAAAGUAAAUAGUUGUCAGAUUAUUGAAGAUUGAUAUUUUCCUAUUAAAUUGCUUGUGGAAAUAAAUUGAUUCUGGGUUUCUGAUGUGCAGUAAUAAUGAUAUGAGGGGGAAAAAAUCAGAGGAAAAUAUUUUGCUGGCCUUUGCUAAAGGUCAUUGUAUAAACAUUAAAAGCAAUACUCCACAGUUCUCUUGCACUGGGCUUCACAUUUAAAUUCACAUCGAAACGUUUUACAUAUCAGAAUAUUGUUGAUCAGAAGAAUGUGUUGUCUAUAUGAUGAAAAAUUCAUGUUUCUUUUUCUCCUAUCCACAAAUCAAAGAAACAAUAAACAGAAUGAAUCAGCAA